AUGUAUCAUUUCUUUAUUGGAACUAUUGUGGCUCUUUGUAUAUGGGUCUCUCUUCAGGUUCGAAUACUCAUUAGAAACUACCGCGCAGCAUGCGCCACUGGUCUUCCCAUCAUUAUAUGUCCAUAUGACCCCGAUAGUGUCGUUUUUGCCGUCGUGUCCGAGCCCCUUCGACGCUUACUGAGAACUUUCUUCCCUACCUCUAUGCCAGCAUCGUUGGAUGUGACGUGCUGGGGCUGGGAGUUCCAUAAUAAAGGUGCCGCACAUGAGCGCCUCGGACAGGCCUUCAUUAUCGUUACCACAGGUCAUAACCGCCUCAUUUGUGCUGAUGCCACCAUGGCGCAUUCUAUCUUAGUUCGGCGCAAAGACUUCCUCCACCCGGACAUCUCGCUGAAGACUAUGGGCCUGCUCGGUCCAAAUUUGGUAACAAGCAAGAAUGAGUCAUGGUCUCGCCAGCGCCGCAUUAUCGCUCCUUGUUUCAACGAACGUAUCAGUCUUACCGUCUGGAAAGAAGGUGUUCAACAAGCGUCUUCUCUUAUAGAACACAUGAUGUACUCUCUUUCCGCUCCUCAUCCCCAAUCUUCUACCACCAGUCCACUUUCGGAUUCGAUUCCCGGUCUCCGCGCAGUUGCGAUCAACGUUCUCACCCGAGUUGCUUAUGGCCGACAUACACCUUUCUCCAUAUCUUCCUCAUAUCGUGACUCCGCCAAGAGCCUUUCCUACGUGGAUGCCGUCACUUUAGUCACCGACCUCCUACUGGCGGCGGCCUUUAUUCCCUCCAGCAUCCUAGAGCUGCCGUUUAUGCCUCGGCUUUCUAGAAAGCUUGGUCAGGCGCUAGUACAGUUACCGAAACUAACGGCUGAUAUGCUCGAUCAAGAACGUACGAGGAGCUCUGUUGCUUCACCGAACGAUGUGAAGAAUACAAUCAUGACGACGCUCGUCCGGCUGUCAGACCAGGCCAAGGUGAAGGAUCAAAAUCACGGUAAGAUCUCUGCUUCGUCCGAGCACACCUUUGCGAACGGCAGUAAUGAGAAGUACCUCACGGAGGACGAGAUCUCCGGCAAUCUUUUCAUCUUUACCACAGCUGGCUUUGACACAACAUCAAACACAAUGUCAUAUGCGAUCGUCCUCUUGGCCGCCUUUCCGCAAUGGCAGGCUUGGAUUCAAGCCGAAAUUGAUGCUGUUCUGGGGGACCACGACGGGCACUUACCAGAGGAAGAUUAUGCAGCCAUUUUCCCGAAACUAGUGCGGUGCCUAGCUAUCAUGCUCUACAAGCGCCAGGAGUAA